AUGAGAAGUCUUUACCAACUACUUUGUGUGUUCACAUUGAACAUUGUGUUAAACUCGAAAAUUUACUGCUAUGAAAAAACAUUACGGAAAAUUGUUCGCAAUCAAUCAAAAAUGAUACAGAGACCUUUCAGUGAUACGGGAACUGAAAAUAUGGUGUGGAGGAACGCAUCAUUGUUUCCUAUGUCAUUGCAAUUCAACAGGGAACUUAUGUUCAAAAUGCAACGGCCCAAAGUUUCCACUAUAUUAUCUGUAGCAGAAACAAAUCACGGCAAAUCUUAUUCAAGAAUGAAGACGAGUAAUGAGGAGUAUCUGUUAUCCAAUGAACAACGACUUACAAGGAACACAUUAUAUAAGAAUAUAUCGUCUUUUCAUUCUAGCAACUCGUAUUUGCCGAUCUUUAACAAUAGCAUAAUGAAUAGUAAUACAUUUCCGAAAGAUAUAGCAAUAUUUUAUCAAAUACCAACGCGAUCUAAAUAUUUUCCAACUGCUGAUGAUAAUUUACAAAACUACGAACAAAAAGGUAACAAUAAGGAAAGUGGUAUUGUUAUUCCUGAAUUUCCACAGACGAAUAAAGAUAAUGAGAGUGUUAUAACAAAAAGCAUUUUCAAGUCACCAAUCGAUCACAAACUUAAAACUAUUAAACCAGAUUAUCAAGAUACAAGUCAGCACGAAGUUGGUAUUGAUAAAGCAGAUUUCCUAAUAGAGGAAUUAAUAGCGGAUCCAAAGUCUAAGUAUAGCUAUAACGUAUCGGACGAUUCCUAUACUUGUACUGUUUUACAAGAAACAAAAGCAAAUAUUGAUGCGCAGGAAACAUUUUCUAACUUUGAUAUAGAGCCAUUGUGGAUGGCGAAUAAACAUUUUUGGAACAGUAUUUAUGACAGUCGGUAUGAAUAUUUGAUGAGAAAUCACAAAUGGCCAGCUUUAAAGGUCAUUCUUGUACCUCGUACUCACGUGGACACUAUUUGGAAACAAUCUUUCGAAUAUUAUCAUAAUAACAGCGUAAAUAAAAUUAUAUCAAACGUUGUUAAGAAACUUCAAUUUUAUGAUAACCUUACAUUCACGUGGAACGAGGUGUCCCAUUUGAGCCAAUGGUGGAAGACUGCCUCACAAAAGAGCCGAUCGGUGUUUCGACGUUUGAUAAAAGGAGGUCGUUUAGAAAUCACCACAGGAGGGUGGGUAGAACCUGAUGAAGCUACCACACACAUAUUUGGGCUGAUACACCAACUUACAGAAGGACACCAGUGGUUAAAAUGUUACUUGAAUUACAUGCCGAAGGUCGGUUGGCUUACAAACAGUGUGACUCAUAGCCCUACAAUGGCUUAUCUAUUGACGGCGUCUGGAAUAUCCAAUUUAGUGAUGACAAAUCUUCACUUCUCCUGGGAACAAUAUCUAGCGGAAUAUCAGUACAGCGAUUUUGUUUGGAUUCAAAAUUGGGACAAUGACAAAACCAGCGCGACGGAUAUUAAUGACGCCCUGAACAGAUUAGGAAAUGAUCGUUUACCAAAACAUUCCGUUUUAACUCAUUAUUUACAAUUCAAUUCAGCCGGUUUUAAAGCUUGCGGGCCAAAUAAAGCCAUAUGUAGUAGUGAUUUCAAUUUCGGCAAACCCAAUAGAAAUUUCGACAUAAAUCCUUAUAACGUUAAAGAAAAAGCAGAACUAUUACUAGAACAAUAUUCCAAGACUGGUACAAUCACGCCACAUAACAUUAUGAUGGCUCCUUUAGGAGGGCCAUACGCCUACGAAAGUCAAUCUGAAUUUGAUUAUCAAUAUAUGAAUUACCAAACGUUAGCCGAAUUCAUAAAUGCCAAUAGUAAUAUAUACAAAGCUACAGUUCAAUUCGGCACACCUAGUGAUUAUUUCAAUAAUAUUGUUGCGAAACAUAAAAAUUAUCCCACAUUAAAAGGUGACUUUCUGAAUUUUGCAGAUAUACACUCAGGAAGUCCCGCAUACUGGGCGGGAUUUUACACAUCGCGACCUUUACUUAAAGUAUUACUGCGGCGUCUCCAGUCUACUUUACGGACUACUGAGAUUUUGUUUACAUUCACUAUUAGUAUGAAUGCCUUUCAUGGUUUUAAUACGACAGAAAUAUUUAAACUUCUUAUAAAAUCGAGAGAAAGCGUUGCUCGCCUUCUUGAUAAGAAUGUUGUAAGUGGUACUGUAAAUGCCAAUACUCUCAGAUAUGUUCAUAAUCAGAUAAUAAUGACGGCUAAAGAUUGUUGGUAUAUACAGGAAGUAUCUGCAAGUCUGCUAAGUAUUAAACCGGAUCAGAUCGCCCCGUAUCUUCAAAAAUAUAUUUAUAGGGAUGGAGAAUUCGUUUCGGUUUUCAGAACUGUUGCAGCCGGUGAUCAAGUAUAUGUAUUUAAUUCACUUAGUCAUGAGAGAACAGAAAUAGUGGAGCUUAUAACAAAAACUCCUAACAUUAGAAUUGUAGACCAUAACAAAAAACACAUUACUAUACAGAUAAAUCCAGUCUGGAAAUACAACUCGAAGAACAUCGUAAAAAUAUCACGAACGUUUUUUAAAAUUGUUUUCGUUAUUCAUAUACCGCCUAUGACUUUGGAAUUAUUCAGGGUCAAAGAGACUUACGAUACAACACAGAGCACUGCUACUAUUUAUUGUCAAACAUGUAAAUUAGACGAUGACUAUGGUCAAAACCCAUACUUUAAAUUUAAUAUUCAAUCAAUACAACCAGGGGACAUACAAUUCGAAAAUUACAAACAUAGACUUAUUUUCGAUGAAGUGUCUGGAUUCUUAAAAACUGUAAUUGAAAAAAGUAACAACAAAGAAAAAAUGGUUGUUUUCGAUUAUGGCGCAUUUAAAAGUUCUGACCAUAAUGCUGGAAUGUUCUUAUUCAAUACAGAUGUAAGGAGACCACUUCAGGAUAUAUUAAUGCCAUAUAGAACUGGGUACAAUACAAAACUACUGAUGAUUACAUCUGGACAAGUUACUACUGAACUCAUAUCAAUUUAUGGCCUUUUCCUCCAGCAUACUGUAAAAAUAUUUAAUCUUCUCAAAGGUCCAUUAUCCGACGCUAUUUACUUAGAAAGUAAAGUGAAUUACGAAGUAGCGCCGAAAAACAGAGAACUUGAAUUAUUCCUGUCCAUUCAAACCGAUAUAAGCAAUGGUAAUUAUCCCGAAAUAUACACCGAUAAUAACGGCUUUCAAUACACCAAACGUGUUUUAAAUAUAACUAGACGUAUUGAGUCAAAUAUGUAUCCCAUAACAAACAUGGUAUACAUUCAAGAUAGUAACAAGAGGUUAACGCUCAUAACUGAUCAUGCACAAGGAGUGACAGCAUUGCAAGAAGGCCAGUUGGUUGUUAUGUUGGACAGGAGGAUCUUAUUUAAUGAUGGUCGGGGUACACACGAGGGUUUAGCAGACAAUACUGUAACAUACCACCGUCAUAUCAUAUUACUGGAGAACUUCGCAGAAUCUGUAAACUAUUUCGGUUACUUAUCAUUCGAGAAUCAUCUCAAAUUGCCAAGUCAAACUGCCUUAAAUUUGGCCAACUCCAUAAACUAUCCUCUAGACAUUUUCGUGAAUAGUAAGAAAAACAGUAAUCUAUCUUAUUAUGCAUUUAUACCAUUGAUAAAAACAUCAUUUCCGUGUGAUGUUUCAGUUGUUAACUACAGAACAAUACUGAAUCGAGGUGUACAUAAUCAAACUCCAAAUUCAGCUUUGUUAGUUUUGUUUCGACAGACCGCUUCAUGUCGAAUAGAUAAUACUGAUCUUCAUUGCAAUGGAGAAAGUGGCUUCACUGUAGAUAACAUUCUUCGCAGUGUUAAAUCAGUGUACCUAACGAAUUUAGUUGGUACCAGUGAUGGUGUUCCACAAACUUUUUAUAAUUUAAGAAAUUUUCCACCGAUGGAACUGAUAACAUUGCGAAUAUAUUUUUAAUUUAUUAUAGACUAGCUGUGCCCGCGCUUUCACCUGCAUGAAAUUUAUGUAUGAAGUGUGGUAUUUUAUUGUUAAGUUUUAGAAUCCGUUGUGUAGUUUUUGCGUGAAAAUGUAACAAACAUUCAUCUAUCCAUAUCCACACUCGCUAACUUCCGCGUUUAUAAUAUUAGUAAGAUAUUUUUACUGAUAUGAUAAAGUAAUGUCUAAUUUAGGGAAGUAACUAUAUUUAAAUAAAAUUGCUAUGAAUAUUUUUUAUGUAGUGCAUACCUACCUGAAGAUCCUUUUACUAAAAUACUUAAGUUUAGUUUAUCAACUAUAAUAAAACUUAUUAUUACGUAUUCCUGUAUUACAUUUUAGAAGUUACAUAAAUAGAUAAUUUGUUCAUCGCGGAAGUAAUUUACUUAGUACCAGACUAGACAGCCAAAAUUAUGUAAGUUAGACCUUACAAAGUGAACACAGGUAACCUUUGGCAUGCUUUAGGAACUGGGAGAACUUAGGGUGUUAGACUUAAUUUAGGGCAACCUUUAACAACUUAUUAUAUUACACUUAACAUUUGAUCUUUUUUUAAACAAACCAGGACGUUUAAUAAUCUUUCGUUUACGUAGAUUAUUGUAGUUUAUAUUUUUCAUAAAAACCUUUUGCCAUACUUGGUCACUUAAAAAAAUAUUCCGACAAUUGGUCGGAAUACAUGACAUCGCUAAAUAUUUUUAUUAAAUAAAAUUAGUGGCAAAACAAUGAAGACAAAGUCAUCAAACAAAAAUAAAUAAUAUAUAAAAGUACCUAUAUAGUUUAUUUUUAGUUUGUUGUAUACCUACCCUCCGUUCCAUUUCGUUUUGUAUACCUACCUUCCGUUCUAACAUUUGUGUCUCGUCUCUAUCGCUUGCGCGAGAAUACGGUAGGUACCCAAGUAGGUAACUCAAAAAUCCAAAAUAAACAAAAUAGUUUGUGUUCUAUAAUAUAAUUUUUUUUUUCAUUUUUUGUAUACCCUCCGUUGCUCUCCGUUUUGUAUACCUUCCGUUCUAACAUUUGUGUCUCGAUACGCGUGAGCAUAUGCUACUCAAUCAAAUAUGUGUACUAGUGUAGUUUAGAGUAGUGAAUAAAAUAAAAUAUUUUUGACCCCUGGACCCUGGUACGUAUUAGCAAACAAUAAAGAACAUCGACGCAACUAAAUAUAGGUACUUGAAAAACUCUUAGCCUCACGCUUCCAUUUAAAAAAUUUACUUAUUAAUUAUCGAAAUCUUGUAGAUACAAAAUUAUACGAGAAUCAUGAUCUCUUCGACAUUCCGUUUCUUUUUAUUGGUUGAAUAAUCAUUUUCAUAAAGUUAAUGUACUAUUGUUUACAAAAUUCUAGUAACCGAAAAAUAUUGUUAGCUAUACAUCACUCAAGUUGAAAAAAAAACUACCUUUUCUUUAUUCUAAA